UCAGGGAAGGUGCAGGGUAGAUCCUGUGUUGCACUUAAAUUCAGAAAGCGAUCUUGCACUUAAAAAAAUUCCUAUGGGCUGGGUAGGAGGGGCUCAGUCCUAGAGGCAGGGCUGGUGCUGGGAGCAGAAGAUCCGGGGGCAACGACACACAAGGGUAAAGAAAGCACCAUGCAAGGUUUCUUUCCUCUCUGCUGCUGUUGCAGAUACUUGUAUGGAUAAAGCUUUCUUCCUCCUCACCCACCUGUUUCUGUUUGCCUGUCUAAUCUGUGUAUGUGUGUAGUGGCACUGGGCAUGCUCGCUGGUGAAGGCCUCUCUCCACAGAAUUCCCUGCCAAUGUGUCUUGAGCCUGACUGGGAGGAGCCACUUUAAGGGUGAGAUGAGAGGUUCGGCCGAUCGCUGCUCCCCGUGGCCGCGGUUCGCUGCUCCGGGCCAGUGGGAGCUGCUGGACGACACUGGUGCACUCCGUGUGGGGCUACUGUUGAAGAUCACAUGGAAACUUCAGCUAGUGGAGAAUAUGACAUCUUGUUCCAUUAGUGAUGUUCUUAGACAAAUGUAGAGUACCAAUGGAAUCCAAUUUAUGGAUUUACCAUAAAAAAGAUGAUGAUGAAGAACUCUUGCUUGCAAAUGUAGAGGCAUUAAGGAAUCAACUGAGGAAGACUGAGAGAAAUCUACAAAAUCUAGGGGAAGAGCUUUCCAGUACUAGUUCGAGUGAACAAUCUGUCCACAGCUCUCAUUUCAGUGAGUUUGUUGGACUAACACUGGAAGAUCUUGAUGAGCCGAGCUGCACUGAAUUUCAAAAUUAUUCAGCUCAUAAGAGUGCUGGUAAAAUGUCCCACCAGAGCAGGGAUUCUCAAAGAAAAUCCCAAACCAAAUCUUACCCAGUGUCCGCUCCUUUUAAUAAAAGUAUGGAACAAGAAAAUGAGCAUCUUAGAGAGAAGCUGAACACCCUUCGAGAGCAAAAUGCAUCUUUUACUUCCCAGAACCACUGUCUAAUGAAUAAAAUUGAAACUAUCAACUUUGAACUGACUCAGUCAAAAACGAGAAUCUCUUUUCUUGAAUCAGCUUUAGGUACACAUUCAGUCAGUAUUCCUAUGUUAGAAGAACAGAUUGCAAAUUUGGAAGCAGAAGUUACGGCUCAAGAUAAAGUCCUGAGAGAUGCAGAAGAUAAAUUAGAGCAAAGCCAGAAAAUGGUGGUAGAAAAAGAACACAUUUUGCAAAGGUUUAAAGAAGAAUAUAAAAAAUUGAAAAUGGAUUUAAUUGAUCGAAGCAAGCAAGGGAAGAGAGCUGAACAGCAAAGAAACGAGGCUCUGUUUAAUGCUGAAGAGCUGACGAAAGCUUUUAAAAAAUACAGAGAGAAAAUAACUGAAAAACUUGAAAAGGUUCAAGCUGAAGAAGAAACUUUAGAGAAAAAAUUAAUUAAUUGUGUAAAAGAAAAAGAAAAGUUGCAUGAAAAAUGUGUUGCCUAUAGAAACGAACUUGAAAUCACAAAGGAACAAUUAAGCCAAUUAAAGGAUGAGAACCGUAGUGCAAAAGAAGAGAUGAAGAGUCUAGAGGCAAAAAACACUGAAAUUGUGUCACAGCUUACACAGUCUGAACAGAAGAUCCUGAAGCUUGAGGGUGAACUUAAUGACAAAGUAGUAGUACUUAAAGAGAAAAGUGCCCUAGUAAGUGAAAAUGCAGAGCUAAAAGCACUUAUUGCACAGCAAAAUGAUCGCCUAAAAUUAUGUCAUCAAGAAAUUGAGGAUUCAAGAGAAGAACUGAGCACCUUGGAAACUAUUAUCUCCCAGUUGUCGCUAGGUACAUCUAAAGAGUUUACAUUGCAUCACUCUAAACGUCAAAUGGCCAGUUCCUCCGCAAAGGAAGCUAUGUAUGCCUCUUGUUGUGAAUCAAACAAAUCCCUGAUUGCAGACCUAAGAAUCAAACUGGCAACGAAAGAAGCAGAAAUUCAGAAGCUUCAGGCAAAUCUAACUGUCAGUAAAGUAGCUCAACAUCUUUCUAAUGAUUAUGAGGGACAAGAAAGUGGCAGAUUACAUGGCCUAGAAACAGAACCUGUAAAAUUGAUUGGAAAUCAAACAGAAGAGAGAAAAUGUCAACAAUUGGAACUCAUCAGUAAACAGUUUGAAAAAGAGCGUCGAAGAUUCACAAGAGAGAUAGAAGAAUUACGUGCUAAGCUGUCAAAAGCAGAAGAGGAGAAUUCUUCUUUAAAGACCAGCAUGGCCCAGAGAGCCGGUCAGUUUCAAAUUAUACAGGAAGAACUACUGGAGAAGGCUGCAAAAACUACUAACUUGCAGCGAGAAAUAACAAAGAAGUCCUCUCAGCUUUCAGUACUUGAAAAGCAGUUGGAAGAAAAGACAGUUGCUUAUUCUGCUGCUGCUGUAAGAUGUACUGAGCUGGAUCAGGAGCUCAUAGAAAAGAAUGGCCAGAUUCGCAACUUGGAAGCAAAUAUCAAUGAAGAACAUGAGCAAGUAACUAUAGCCUUUGAAAAAGCAAAGUUAAUUCAUCUUGAACAGCACAAAGAGAUGGAGAAACAGAUUGAAAUACUUCAGACUCAGCUGGCUAUGAAACACCAGCAAAUUAAUGAGCUAGAGAAGACCAUGUUUGUUUUACAAGAAGAUAUUCUAUGUAAACAGCGUCACCUUGAAUCAUUGGAUCGGCUGCUGAUAGAAAGCAAAGAGGAAAUGGAAAAGCAAAAUAUCAAGAAAGAAGAAGCUUUGAAAAUGUUGCAAAGCCAAUUAACAGAAGAAACAAUCAAAGUCAGACAACUAGAGUCAGCACUAGGCAUUUGUAAGGAAGAACUUAGAUUGUAUCUGAGUCAAUUAGAAGAAAAUAAGGAGUCAUUUGAAAAGCAGUUAAAGAAGAAGUCUGAAGAGGUGCACCGGUUACAAAAAGAAAUAAAACUAAGAAAUCAUAAUCUUCAGGACACCACUGAACAAAAUGUCCUCCUACAGCAAACUCUGCAGCAGCAGCAGCAAAUGUUACAACAGGAGACCAUUAGAAAUGGAGAGCUAGAGGAUAGCCAAAUUAAGCUUGAAAAACAGGUAUCAAAACUGGAGCAAGAGCUUCAAAAACAGAAAGAAAACUCAGAAGAAGAGUUGAGAAAGGCAGAAGGGAAGCUCCUUAUAGCCUCUCAGGAAGUAGAUUUAAAAAGACAGAAGGUGGUUGAACUUACUAGCACAACUGGGCAGAUUAAGCUGGAGAUGGAUCAGUGCAAGGAUGAGCUAAUUGGUAUGGAGAAAGAACUAGUGCAUUUAAGACGAGAUGGUGAAACUAAAACAGUGCGGUUAAGUCACUUAGAAAUGACUUUGGAGCAGACUCAGUCAGAACUAAAUAAAAAAACACAACAAGUGAGUGAUCUGGAAGAUAAACUGCUUCAGAGUGAGACUGAGCAAAAGGAUGCUUUACACAGAAUAGAAGAGCUAGAGGCUGAACUACAAAAUGCCCAUGGAGAAUUAAAAAUCACUUUGAGACAAUUACAGGAACUGCGAGAUGUGCUACAGAAUGCACAAUCCUCUCUGGAGGAGAAGUAUGCUGCUAUCAAGGAUCUAACAGACGAACUUAGGUAUUGUAAGGAUGAAAUUGAGGACAAAAAGCAAGAACUUCUUGACAUGGAUCAGGCAUUGAAAGAAAGGAACUGGGAACUGAAACAAAGAGCAGCUCAGGUUACCCAGUUGGAUAUGACUAUUCGUGAACACAGGGGAGAAAUGGAACAAAAAAUAAUUAGAUUAGAAGGUAGUUUGGAGAAAACAGAGUUAGAAAUUAAAGAACGCAAUAAACAGAUUGAGAGCUUAGAUUGCAAGCUACAGCAUUCUAAAGAUGAGAUUCGUGAAAAAGAGUUCGAACUGCUCCAGAGAGAUCAAGAAAUAAAUCAACUAAAAAAGGAAAUUGAAAGAAAACAACAUAGAAUAACAGAUAUUGAAAAAACAGUGAAAGAUCAGGAGAAGUGCAUUGCAGACCAGUACAAGGAAGCAUUAGAUUUAGGUCAGCAGUUGAGGCUAGAACGAGAACAGAUGCAGCACAUUCACUUGGAGCUUUUGGAGACUCGCCGGCUGUUGGUUCAAGCUCAAAGAGAAACAGACAGACUCUCGCAAGAACUGGAAGAAAUGAACCAUCUGUCUCGAGAAAAGGAAGCUCGUGCAAACCGUUUGGCAGAAGAACUGGGUGCUGCCCAAGCACGUGAAGCUCAGUUACAAGCAAAAAUGCAAGCCGAGAUAAAACAGCUUUCAUCAGAAAUAGACUCAUUGAAGGAGGCUUAUGAGCAGGAGACUGGGCUGGGGAAGAGAUCUGGAUGCAGAAUUGGAAGUUGACCUCUUUUCCACUCCCCUCUCCUCCCCCAACCCACCCCACCUGGAAUAUAUUUUUCUGAGGGCUGGUGAAAUCAUCAGGUAACAAAUUUUCCUUUUUAAUUAUUAUUGCUUCUUUUUCUAUGGAGGUUGGUGAAGGUCUAGCUACAAUUGUUAGAAUAGUUCCAUGCAGAAAUGAGGAAAUAUGGGACUGCAUUCAAAUUAAAGGGUUGGGAAAAAAAAACUUCAAGAAAACUCAGAAUGGCUUAUUUAUAUUUUCUGAAAAUGUGAAAGGGGUUCCAGAAUACAGAUUGGCAGACUUGACUUAAAUGACAAAAGUAGAUUGCAUUAUUUCUUGCGGAAAAUGAAACCUUCAUAUCCCUAGUUUCUUCUUUGACUGAUUGCACGUGUGCUCUAAGCACAGUUAGUCAAAACUUUUUCCCUCAGUGGUACCCAUUGGGGCAGCUUGAGUGCCCGCUACUGCUGCUGCACGCUGACAGCGCUGGUAUAAAGUGCCCAGCUGACGCCCCUUGCGCCUCCCUCAGUUUCUUCUUACUGCCCAUGACGGUCGCUAGAACUGCUAUCCUUGCUUUUGCAAUCUUUCUCAGUUGUCUUUUCUUCUCUCUGUCUAGUUUGUUAGUUUUUAGUCAGUUUUAGCUAAUUUUAGUGAAGUUCCGUAACUUCAUGUUUUAGAAGAGUUUUGUCCAUUCCCCUGUGCCGAGGCAUGCUUUGAUGACCAGGCUUUAUGCUCUGCGCCUCCUGCAACUAGGCUAUGCCCCUGCGCAACCGUCACUCAAGCUGCCUGAAGUGCCUGGGAAAAGCUCAUGUUGGGAACCAUUGCCAGAUCUGGAGGGACUUUAAGCCUCGCUCAAAGAAGGACCAUGAGACCAGGCUAAAAUUUUUGCUUAUGGAGGCAGCACUGAGACCUCCAUCUGAGCAAGGCCGGUCAGACUUGUCACCAAGUGCCUUGCCAUCAGUAAGGAGUGCUCCUCCUACCGUAUUGGAGUCCUGGCACCGAUCACCAUCCCAGAUGGCUGAGAGGGGGUGAUCCCUGGCACUGACGAUGGCCAGGCCUGGGGAUUAGAUUGGUUUAGAUUGCACUCUACUCUUCUGUCUUGGUACUGCAAAAGUUGGCACCGUUGACUCUGACACCUAUGCAGACACUGUCGAGUCCAGGACUGGAAGAGCUGUUAACAUCUGUGCACAGCGCAGUACUGAUACUAUAUUGGUACCAAUCUGGCAGCAGCAAACGCCAUGUGAUUUCUUUUGCUGUUGGUACUGGUAUUACCGGCAAUACAAGAUUCAGUGUUACUGGUGCGUAAUGGACAGGAGGGAACCCACUGGAUCCUGUCAUUGUUUGGUACUAUGCCUUCGGUACUGUCAAAAGGGAAACCAUGGCACCAGUCUCUGGCACUGGUAGGAAUGGAACCACCAUGGACAUUGGAGAGAGACUGAAUUGGAGGUUGGGUCUUACUCCUCCCAUCCAAGGAGCCUCUCUCUAGCUACUCUUCCAGGCAUUUCCACCCUUCCAUGCAUCCAGACACAGGAGUACCAUCGAGUGCAUGGUCAGGAGGUCACUGGGGAUCUAUGCCAGUCCAGUGGUCCUUUUGGAACCCCUGGGGUUUUCCCCAGUUUCCAGGGCUUAUUCCAGGUGUGCCUAUUGGGUGACCUAAAAAGAAGGGCGUUAUUGUCCUCUUGGACAGAGCCUGGUCUGGACUCCGGUACUGACCCCGGAGCCGAACCGCAUGAACCAGCUCAACCAGAUCCUGCUGAGGAAGAAAGAGAAGAGCUUCCACAGCUGGUGCUGGCCUCCUUCCCGAUGAGGCAGUCUCAGGAGGAGUAGUGUUGCCUCCCCCAGAUGAUGAUGAUAAGGCUCACCAAGAGUUGUUGAAGAGGGUGGCCUUAAAUCUGGGCAUACAGGUGGAGGUAGAGAAAGUCCUCCCAUAUCCUGGUUGACAUUUUAGCCACUAUGGACCCCUCAAAAGUAGCUCUGCCUCUCAAUGAGGCCAUUAUGAUGACCCUGUUAAGACGUGGUGGCAGACCCCCAUGUCCCUUCCCCCCACGUCUAAAAGGGCUGAACAAAAAUACUUUGUUCCUGCCCAGGGUUAUGAGUUCCUGUACCCCCAUCCCCCGCCCAGGAUCCCUGCUGGUAGCUGCUGCCAAUGAGAGAGAGAGGCAGGGUCAACAGGAUGAAACCCCAAAAAUCAAGACUCAGAUUAAACUUGUUCAGUAGGAAAGUUUAUUCUACUGGGAGUUUCCAACUCAGAAUUGCAAACUAGCAGGCGCUGCUGGGCAGGUAUUAUUUUAAUAUGUAGGACUCCAUGCAGAAGUUCAAGAACUUGCUCCCACAAGAGACUAUGCAACAGUUCUCACUGGUGGACAAGGGAAAAAAAUCAGUGGUGAGGACCUUGUUGCAAGCCGCUUUGGAUGCGGCUGACUCAGUAGCCAAGUCCCUGGCUUUGGCAGUGGUCAUGUGCAGGAGUUUGUGGCUACAGUCCUCUCGACUCCAACAGGACCUAUCUUUUGAAGGAGCUUCACUCUUUUCAGAACACACUGAUGUAAAAGUGCAUGGCCUAAAAGACUCCAGGGUGACCCUUAAAUCCCUUGGAUUAUACACACCUGCUCCUUUCAAGGAAGCCCUACAGACCUCAAAAGCCAUCUGGUAUUCUGCCCUGGCUGGCUGUCAGGAUUUGCAGAGAGAGAGAAGCAGAGGUUUUAGGCAUAGGCCACCCCCCACUUUUACCUCAAUAUCAAUGCCUGCCCCCCCAGUCAUCCAGGGGGUUCUAAGCAGGCAUUUUGAUGGGAUGCUGGAGGACUUCCUACCAGUUCCUGUGAUGCCAGACUCUUUCACCUUUAUUUGUAAAUCGCCUUUUCCACUUUCUCAGUGUGUGGUUCCGUAUCACCCCGGACCAUUGGGUGUUGAGCACUGUGAAACUGUGAUGCACCUUCCAGUUUAUUUCUACCCUUCCUUCCCACCUUCCGCCCCAUCUCUUCAGGGACCCCCUCAUGAAGAACUUGUUGUCUGGGAGGUUCAAGCUCUCCUUCGGGUGGCUGAGAUUCCGUAGAAUUUAAGAGUAAAGGGGUUGUAUUCCAAUUAUUUCCUAAUCCCAAAAGCCAAGGGUGGGCUCAAACCCAUUUUAGACCUGCGGCUGCUUAACAACUAUCUCAAGAAAAUAAAGUUCUGCAUGGUCACCCUGGUAUCCAUUAUCCCCUCCCUGGAUCCCGGGGAUUUGUACGCCACCCUUAGGAGAUGCCUAUUUUCAUAAAUUGAUAUUCCAAGGACACAGUGUUCCUCAGAUUCAUAGUGAGCCACUCACAGUU